AGCUGGCAGGAGGUGAGUUUGUUGUUGAGAGCAGGUGAUGAUACAGCUCUGGGUCUAGGACCUUGAAGGCGCUGCUCGCGAAACUGCAGUGGCAGAAUCAGAAGGGAGUUUCUUGAUUCAGAGAGAGGCUGUUUACCAGGCGACAGAGAGGAAAGGAGUCGAGAAAAACAAGGGCUUUCCUGCGGAGAAAGAAAGAGCAGUGUGCUGCUAGAGAACAAAACAGCACAGGCUCUUCUGAAGACAAAGCGGGGUUAGACUGGUUUUAUUGCUGCAAUUUUUGGGGGGUACAAUUUGUUUUAUUUUCUAUUGUAUACUGCAAAUAUAUAUAUAGUUUACAGAAUGUUGUUCUUAGUCGUGCAAGUUGUGUUGCUGAGGCUUGCCGUUCUGGACGGUGCAUCAAUUGUUCAAGAAUGCAUCCGCUCCAACGGUCAGGAGUACAGGGGCGAGCAGCAGAUUACAUCAACUGGAGAGAAGUGUUUAAACUGGAGGAACACGAGCAGAGAUUACAACACAACUGCCUUCCCAGACCAGCAGACAGGCGUUGGGGACCACAGCUACUGCCGAAACCCAGAUGGCGAUAACAAACCAUGGUGCUACGUGACAGGCAAGGACAACCGAGUGCAGAGACAGAAGUGUGCCAUUGACACCUGCAAAGGUCAGGCUCCUCCAGCCACAGUGACUGAGGUCCCUCAAGUCGCUGAGCCCAAUGAGACCAAUGAGACCCAGGUCUUUGAGCCGGCCAAGUCCCUCCCCUCCCAGAGCGAGAGCGCGGCGGUGCAGCCUGUCGUAGGGAUCAGCCAGCGCGUCCGGACCGGGCCCAAGCAGAAGAAGGACCUGGGCACCCUGGGGUACGUGUUGGGAAUCCUCAUGAUGGCUCUCAUAAUCAUAAUGGGAGUGGGCAUCACAAUGGGGUACUUUUACAAGAGAGGGCGAGAUCUGAAGAAACAGCACGACCAGCGCGUGUACGAACGAGAGAUGCAGAGGAUAACGCUCCCGCUGUCCGCCUUCACAAACCCCACCUGUGAGAUCAUGGAUGAGAACAUCGUGGUGGUCAGCGCUCACCAGACCCCAGUGGAGGAGACUGUGGAGGGGAACAGCCCACUGAUGGACCAAGUGGGAACCCCAGGAGCGUGAGAGCAGUCUGUCCCAGCGGAAGAGGCUCCAAACUCAAAUACCUGAAAAAGGCAGCCCCUGGCUUCUGAUUCUUUUUGUUUCUUUGGUAGGCUUGGACUAAAAGCCAUACAAAGACUGCCAUUUGUAAGGGAACUGAACUCGUAUAAAAGAGAGUUUUACAAUGCAAGUUGAGCUGUUUAAAAAAAAAAACCUCAAGGAACAGACUCAAUGUGGAAUCACCAGGGAUGGUGCCACCAGUAAAUGGUGGUGUAGAAAAAAAAGGCAUGCAAGAUAUUGUUAGUUUAUAGUCUACAUUUUGUAACAGAGAAGGUGAUGGUCUUAUGAUUUUUUUUUAUUUUCACUGGCUUAAUCAUAAUGAAAUGAUUCCUGUUGUAGGCUCAUUGAUUUUGUAUACAGUUUAAAAGGGGUGCUUAUUUUCCAUGUUUUUUUUUUUUUUAUAUGAAGGAAUGAGGACUUCAACAUCUCCCAGGACUGGGGAAGUUUAAGUACCGUAGCAUCCCUAUACGAUUUUCCAAGUUAAGCUAUUGCACUUCACAGAAAUGCAACCUUUUUUCCCAUUCCAAAGGUUCAAACAAAUUCCUGUUGCUGUCUAGUUGAUCACUUUAAGACUGAGCAUGUCACAAUUUCUAUUCAAAUGAAGUAGGUCAAUUGAGUAUAAGAAAAGGUUGACCUACUGAAAUACUUGUCUAUAGAAUGCAAAAGUCACAAAGUUAGAUUAAGGCUGUCGACACACAGAAGCUGGGUGGAUGGCUGAGUACAGGUUUAGUCGUAAUGGGAUAAAAGACAAAAAUAAUCAAAAUCAGCAGGCACAUUAAUACAGUAUUUCUCAAUGCUGACUUUUUUCUUUUACAAUCAUGUUAGGCUGCUCAACUUUAUUUAGUAUUAAUUAUACUUAACAUACUGUUUGAUGGCAACAGUAGAUAUGCUCUCCUUUCAGUCUAUAAGCUACAUGUGUUUGUUCACAGAAAAAGUCAAGUCCGUACUACCUUGUAUAGGAAUACAAUGUAACAGUUCAGUGCUGGGCUCUUGGUUUGGCGCAGUCACUGCUGGGGUUUGAACACAGCCAAGACAGACAGGGCCUUUUGCUAUAAUAACCAGAGCAGUGUACUUUAGUGAGCACUCGUUUCCAUUGGUGUGUGAAAUGUAAUGACAGCGAGGAGCGUGCCAGCUCCAUAGACUGUGGAGAAGCAUAAUAAGAAGUGGCCUGGUGUACUUCCACCCCAUGGUUAAGACUCUGCAUGCAGCCAGUGUAAGGUCAAUAAUAAUUAAGUUUUUGAACGUUGGCAUGCUCUGCAUCAAUAACUGUAAUGUUAGGUAAACCUUUCCCUUGUUCACACACAAUCUUGACUUGCAAUAUGUAGAUCUGUGUUCUGUUAUGACUUCUGAUUCAGGUACACUGCAUUCAUAAUCCAAAGGGAUUUCCUAAUGAAGAGAUCAGGAAUAUCAUAGCUGUAUAUGUAUUGUUAGCAUACAACAGUUGCCAUGAGAUUGGUAGCACGACUGAUUUUUCCGCAGUGUCACUAUCCAAUUCUCCUUCAGUAGUAAGCUUGUAAAUUUUUUUUGCACAGUUUUGUAUGGAUAUAUAAAAACGAUUUGAACAGAUGUGUGGUUAUUGUGUUUUAUUAUUGCUGUUUCUGAUCUUGGAAAGCAACCAUCUGAAAUUUGAAAGGAUUUUUUAUUUUAAAUGCAUCUAUAAAAGUGCUGUUGCUUAUUAUUUUGUAAUGUUUAAAAUAAACUUCAGUACUAUAAUUUGUAUAUUUGGCAGUUGAUCCUGCUGUGACACAAACAAAAUAAAAAAAUAAAACUAUUGAACCUUU